CCUAUGCUGCCUUGCUACACUUUCCCUUGGUACCACUUUACAAUCUCCAAUCUCAUGUUUAUUAAUGAAUUCAUUUUAUUGUUGUCUCAUUUUUUGCUAUUAUUAUUUUUCUAUAUACCUGUUAUUUUACCAUUUAGGGUUUAAGGGUUUAAUUUUAAUCUAAUUAUAAUUGCCCUCAUUUUUCUUCUUAGUAAAAAUAAAAUAUUUAUUUCAGUGGAAGUGUUUCAUCACUCUGAUAUGAUUAAAGUACGAGGGAUCAUUCAAGCAAGAGGGUUUUUUAAUACAAGCAACUGGGCAGAAGUUUAAAAUUAUAUUCCAAGUAGUUUUCCAGUCAAGAUUUUGUAGAGUUUGGUUUACAUUUUCAUUAUAGAUGCCCCCCUCAUCCACCUAGUGCUGGCAUGAUAGUCAUGAAUAAAAAGGCGUUCAUUUUUCUUAUAAGGAAAACCAUCAAAACAGCUCAGAGUUUUUUACUGUCACAGACUACAAAGUGCCUUCAGAGGUUUAUGACUUGUAGAUGCCAUCAGAUUCAUUCAACUUGCCAUGAACGAGCCAGCAGAACAGCUUUAAUGUGUCUUAGAGUCUCUGGAACUGUAAUGGAGGGAUGGAACACCAGACUUCCAAAACACAUUCCUUCAAUUGAUGUUUUGAUGAUGGUGGUGUGGAGCGCUGUCUAAGACACCAACCCAGAAUUACCAGGGAUGCCCAUAUAAUAUUUUUACACUCAACAAACUUUUCAGUGACCCCUCAUGCCCUGUGGAUGGCAGUAGAAGAGACUACUGCAUCAGGGAGAAAAGACCUCUCCCAUCAGUAUAGAAGAGACCCUUCCCACCAGCAGGUAGAGACCAGUUCUUUCAGCAGGAAGAGACCACUCCCUUCAGGAUGGAAAAGACCACUCCAUCAGGAGGAAGACAGUACACCUGUGAGGAGAGAACACCCCAUCUGGAGGAUGAGACCCCUUUCAUUAUAAGCGAGAGACUUCUCCAAACCCUUCCCACCAGGAAGAAGAGACCACUUUCUUUAUUAUUAGAUAACAUCAGUCAGCAGGACAGCAAAAAUGGGAGGAGUUAAAGAACCUAGAGAUCUACAGAGAGGAGACAGAGAUUCAGAAUCAAACAGCGAGGAGAAGAAGACAGAAGCUCAUGAACAGGAGAAACGAAGAAGACCAAGGAACUGGAAAUGGAUCAGAAAUGGGUUUCCACCAUCGUCCUUUUCUCAGCUGUCUGUGGUGUAUCUGCAUACGUUCCUUAUCGGUAUCACUUUGUGAAUGAGAAUAAAACCUGGACCGAAGCUCAGAGCUACUGCAGACAGAGAGACUCAGAUCUGGUCACCAUCAACAACAUGGAGGAGAUGAAGAAGCUGAAUGCCACUCUGAAGAAACAUCUGAACAACACACCCAGCAGCUCUGUUUGGAUCAGCCUGGUCAGAGGGGACACCGACCAGUGGCUGUGGUCUCUGGCAGAUGCAAACUUCUACAGAAAGGGAGACACGUACCGAAACUGGGCAAGUGGAGAACCCAAUAAUGUUGGGGGUGUCGAGAACUGUGUUGUGAUGAAGAAAAGUGAUGGAACCUGGUUUGAUGACAGAUGUAGCAGCCUAUAUACCUUUGUGUGCUAUGACGAUAAGCUGAUCAUGAUCAAGCAGAAUCUGACCUGGAGAGAAGCUCUGAGAUACUGCAGAGAUAAUCAUGUCGAUCUGCUCUCAGUUCACUCUGAGGAGAUCCAGCUCUGGGUGAAGGAGGUUUCACCGAAAGCCUCCACUGAACUUGUGUGGCUGGGCCUGCGUCACACUUGCACUCAGGGUUUCUGGUACUGGGUGAGUGGCUUUUCCAUCUGCUACGAGAACUGGGCUCCAGGUAACGGGACAGGAGGAGAAGACUGCAGCUCUGUAGAGAGAACCGGAGCGGUGCAGGCUAGAGGAGGUCAGCAGUGGGUCGGCCUGCCUGAGGACCACAAACUCAACUUCAUCUGCCUCACCUAUGAAGACUGAGACCAGGCCUGCCUCUUCUGUAUCCAGCACCAGCGGAUCCAUAUCAGAAGAACAUCUUACUAUGUUGUUAAUUAUUAUUGUUUUAAGUUUUAUAUAAUGGAGUGGAAAAUUACAGCAGCGUUUUAGGGCCACUGUUAAUAAAAAUAUUAGACUAUAUUCUUAAAGUCAUAAUAUUUUGAGAAUAAAGUCAUAGAAUUACAACAUUAAAGUGGCAUUAAUACCAGGAAAGCUCACAAUAUUGUGCCCAAAGGCUUUGCAAAGGGAAGGCAGCACCUCCUGGUGUUAAAUGAAAAAAGUUCAUAUUGAUUUCCCCCAUAAAGAAACACUCAGUCUCCCUGUCUCUCCUGCUCAUCAGCACAAGCCUGGUAUUAGCAUGUGGCUGAGCAGGAAACCGUUUAUCUAGAAUAAAGUUCCAGAUGGACUUGCAGGAAACCGUCUGUCUGUGUUGUUGAAGGAGAAUCUCAGGCAGGGUUGUCUACACUGCUAUCGGGGGGCUACACCUACAAAGAUUGUGGUUUGCUUUCGCUAGACCAACAGGCUUGUGGUUUUCCGUGUCUUGCUGAUUUUUUGUGUGAAAUAAUUUGCUGUGUGUGAUUGUUGGAUGGGAGCCGGAAGCUGGAGUGACCAGCAGGCAUAGAUCUUCCUCCAUUUGCAGGGAGCGGUGGUGUUCUUGCCUUGGUGUUGUGGUGGUGUGUGUAAUUGCAGGACUCCUUUUUUCCAGAUAGAUUAAUUCUUCAUACUGCUGUGAGCUUCCAGCCCUGUCCCAUGAUCCUUUGCUUUUUUUCCCCCCUUCAUUUCAUUUGAUGUGUUGUGUGAUUUAUUGUAUUUUGAUUCGGUCAUUGCUGGUGAGCAGUUUUUUUGCUUUUUUAAUUAAUUUGUUAAUAAAUUGACUUUUUAUUGUGGAA